UUCCUAUAGAGUUGAAAACAUUUACCAAAAGAAAAAAAGACCAAGAAAACGUGUAAAGACUGCUUGGUUACCAAAGAACACAAUCUGGUUCUAUAAAUAGGACCAUUCGGCUAUCAAAUUUUAUUCAUAGCACACUGUGUACUUGUGCAAGUGUAGUAAGGUAGAGAGCUAGCUUAAGAUUUUGUCCCACAAAUAGAUCAAAGGAAAAUGGCAAUUUCACGUCUUAUCAUUGUGGCGUUUAUGGUCACAACACUAAUUUCUGCUGCAUCCGCCGUUCCUGGGAUUGCCACAUACUACACAGUAUAUGUCCCCUCAGCAUGCUAUGGGUACCAAGACCAAGGCACGAUGAUUGCUGCAGCAAGUCCGGACCUAUAUAACAAUGGAGCAAUAUGUGGAACAAGGUUCAGCGUUUCGUGCACAGGACCUGCAGGGGCAUGUAAGGGUGGUAGCGUGACUGUGACGGUCGUCGAUCUCUGUCCCGGCUGCCCAUCGAACGGCCUCGAUCUCUCUCUUGAAGCCUUCUCUGCCAUUGCUAAUCCUGAUGCUGGGAGAAUCAACAUCGACUUCACUCAGGUUUGAAGGUUCACAGGAGAAAUUUCAAGCCAUCCAAAAUAAGAAGCUAUUUUACUCAUUAUUAGUAAACUAAAAAAAAAAAAGGUCUUGUGCUUAUCUUUCUUUGGUUGAAUAAGAGGCAACAUGUCAUGGAAAAUGGAUGUUUUUCCAUGAAUGACACAAAGAUGGCUUGGAUAACUAUUUAAUAUGUCAUAUGAUGAAAUAAACAUUUGGCUUUGCUCAUCUUACUGUGUGAUGAGCUCUUCUUCUUCUUCUUCUUCUUCUUUUCU